AUGGGCCAUUCUGUAUCGCUGAACAAGUCGUGGACGCGUAGCCGAGGAAAGGAUGUAUGCGGAGGUGGGGAAACGCAGCAUGCCCCCCUGAAACUUCAAACUAAAGAGCAGAUUGCGGCGCGUCACACGGUCACGUUGACCCCAGUUCCAACCUCGAAACUUAAGUACACCACUGAGCACUCGUUGCCGACUGAUUCUAUGGACGCUCGUGAAGAUCUGCCCCGUAUAUCAGUGGAUUCAGCCCUGGAUUGGCAAAAGGUGCGAUCCAACUACACGGACGCUACCUUCGCUGCGCUCCAGGCUCAAGUUGCCUCCAGAGGACAGUCUAGGGAACACGACGCGAUACGCGCCCAUCUGGAACAGGUGUGCAUCAGCGGGAAAUUGACCAUCAGCACUUACAACUCAACUACCUUCAAGUUUAUUGAUAGGACGUUCGCUCUUGCGCAGCCCAACCUACGCGUCAAUGGCCAUAACUUUGAAUCCUUCGAUGAGAACGGCAGAGAAAUGGAACCAUUCGAUGAAAUACUCGACAGACGUAUCUGGUCUCUUGCGGACACUAGGUUGCAGUGGCAUAAACGCAUAGCAGAAACGAGGCGGACAAUUCCAUCGGAGAUCGAGUCUGCGAUUUCGACAUUAAUGCAAGAACAUCGUGACUUGGACACAAUCAUACUCCCUCCUGCAAAUGAAGAAGAGCAACAAGAACAAUCACCUGAAGACGACGGCAAGACUCCGUCUCUCUUAUUCUGA